AUGGUGACGCUCGCUGAGCUGCUGGUGCUCCUGGCUGCUCUCCUGGCCACGGCCUCUGGCUACUUCGUCAGCAUUGACACACAUGCCGAGGAGUGCUUCUUCAAGCGGGUCACCUCGGGCCCCAAGAUGGGCCUCAACUUCGAGGUGGCUGAGGGUGGCUUCCUGGACAUCGAUGUGGAGAUUACAGGGCCUGACAAUAAAGGAAUUUAUAAAGGAGACUGGGAGUCUAGUGGGAAAUACACCUUUGCUGCUCACAUGGACGGAACAUAUAAGUUUUGUUUUAGUAAUAGGAUGUCCACCAUGACUCCAAAGAUAGUGAUGUUCUCCAUUGAUAUUGGGGAGGUCCCGCAAGGACAAGACAUGGAAACAGAAGCUCACCAGAACAAGCUAGAAGAAAUGAUUAUUGAGCUAGCAGUGGCGAUGACAGCUGUAAAGCAUGAACAGGAGUACAUGGAUGUUCGAGAGCGAAUACACAGAGCAAUCAACGACAACACGAACAGCAGAGUGGUCCUCUGGUCCUUCUUCGAAGCCCUGGUUCUCAUUGCCAUGAUGUUGGGGCAGAUCUACUACCUGAAGAGGUUCUUUGAAGUCCGCAUGGUGGUUUAAAAGCCUCUUUGUGAUGCUCUCAAACUCAUAAUUAACUCACUGUUUACCAGACAUCUUGGUCAUAAUAAUGUCAUGAGUUUCUACAUUUUUAUUUUCUGAACUGUACAUUCACAGCUUAUGUUUCUUUGUGAUUAAUAGCUAUUGGGAGAAAA